AUGGAGGACGAUUUAGCUAAACAGUGGGAGGGACUAAGUCUUACUGAGAAGGAAAAAGAGGAAGUGCUCUUGGAAAAAAACUCGUCUGAAGUGGUAGACCAGUAUGGCAAGUUUUGCCUGCUGGUUAUGAUCAUAGCUGAAAAACCAGUAAAUAGAGAAGCAUUCAAAUCCACAAUGGCCAAGAUAUGGAAAUGUGAGAGCUGGUUCAAGUUCUCAGAAGUAGGAAUGAACAAGUUCUUGAUCGAGUUCAAUAAAGAGGAAGAUUUGCAGAAAGUUAUCAAGGGUAGACCCUGGUCUUUCGACAGAUGGCUUCUAUGCUUGCAGGUUUUUGAAGGGAAUAUGUCCAUAAAUGAAGUCGUUUUCAAUAAAGAGGAAUUCUGGGUGCAUGCAUACAACAUACCACUAUCAAGUAUGACUUAUGAAGUUGGAACUCAGAUUGGAGGAUGUAUUGGUCGAGUCUUAACUGUCCAGGUGGAUGAAAGAGGGAUUGGUUGGGGGAAAUUCUUAAGAAUAAGGGUGGAAGUCAACAUAUCAGAAGCGCUGCAAAGGGGGGUGUUCUUAUCAUAUGCAGGUAAAAAGACUUGGAUUCCCUUCAAGUAUGAGAGGCUUCCCACCUUCUGUUUUAAAUGUGGGGUGAUUAAGCAUGCCAAAUCAGGCUGUUUGGUAAGCUCACUUGGAGACAGUAAGCUGCAAUAUGGUGCAUGGCUGCGAGCCCCAGCAUCUAAGGACAAUGAGUUCCCUCACAAAACCUAUGGCAAUGCAGAUACACAGGAAUAUGCAGAAGGUCAGUCAUGGAGGAAGGAGAGGGAGGUCAGGGACGAUGAUCAGAAAAUCAAGACCAAAGCAGCAGCUGAAAUCCCGGAAUCGUGCAAGAAGGAUGGUGACAACACAGGCAGCAAAAAGGCUACUGAAAAGCUGAUUUCUCCUAGGUUGACUACAGAACCAAUCCAGCAGGCUUUUAAGGUAAGCCCCUAUGUACUUAACUUGGAAAGUCGAGAGUUGAUUCCUUAA